AUGGAGAUGAAAAUGGAAAAGAUUAUAGAGGAAGUUAAAGAUAAAGAAAAGGACGUUAUGACCAUAGCGACCGAUGUGUCACAAAGAGUUAGCAAUAUGGAGAAUAACGCCAUUCAGUUUCAGCACAAAUCGCUGUUGCCUAUCGUCGGAUUCAACGCUCGUUUAUCUUCGACAAAAACAGUGAACACAGGGAAUAAGGUUGUCUACGAUACCGUAAUAACAAACCAAGGCGAAGGUUACGAUAGUGUCACGGGAGUAUUCACUGCACCUCACAAUGGACUCUAUUUCUUCACAGCCCAUGUUUGUAAUCAAGGAAACAAGGAUGUUCAUUACGCAAUAUACCAAGAAGGCACACUCAUAACCACCAGUACACAGUUUGAUAAUGGCGGCGUUUAUAGUUGUAGCUCUGUAAGCACGAUCGCCAUGGUAAACAAGGCGGAGCGGGUGUGGGUACAGAGUUUAGAUACCUCUGUGUAUUACGUCGACACACGCAGAUGGAAUACAUUUGCUGGAUCGCUUUUGAUCAGACAAGUUCGUUGA